AUGACAGCCUGGCUUCACUGUCUUUUGGGAGUCGCGGUUCUGGUCACCGGGACCUCGACAGCAUCGUACCAGCGACAGCUGCUGGUGGAUUUGCUGAAAUACUACAAUACCAAUGAAAGACCCAUGAACUUGAUCAAUCAACAGCCCUUGGAGGUCCGAUUAUCCGUACAGCUACAAAAAGUAAUCGAUGUGGACCUGUCGGUGGGCGAGAUGAAGACCAGUGUCUGGCUCUCGAUGACCUGGUCGGAUUAUAACCUGGCGUGGACACCUGCUCGCUACCACAACAUAUCAUCUAUAAACCUCCCGGCGGAACAGAUUUGGACGCCCGACAUGAAGUUUUUCAAUGGAAUUACACCUGAAAAAGUUGAGCAGACUUUGACCUUCGUGUCUGCAUCGGGUCGGGUGAUGCUGGUACAACCACGAUCGCUUAGCACCGUGUGUCAAGCGUCCGGAUUUCUCUACCCCUUCGAGUCGAUCUCUUGCCCGCUCGUAGUCGGUUCCUGGACCCACGAUGCGCGGAACAUCGAUAUCAAAGUUGAUAAAUCGACGCUGGGAGAAACCGGGGACGUCGGGACGUGGCAGGUCAAAAAUAUCGAGAGCGAAAAAGUGGUCAAGGUUUACGACUGCUGUCCACAACCGUACAGCUCUGCCGCUGUUACCCUGCAUCUGCGGAGACGAUCGACUCUGUUGCAUCUAUUUCGGAUUCACAUACCGCUGAUUUGGGUCGUGAUUGUUUCAUUGCUCACAUUCUGCAUCCCUUGCGAGAGGGUAGAGAUCAGAAUAGUCGCAGGUAUUCUCCUCGUUUGCGGGGCUGGAUGGUUCCAGUCCUCUGCUCAUCUGCCGAGCUAUUUCACCGUAACGCACAUAUUUUGCGCCAACAUGAUCGUGGCCCUAUCAUUAUCGAUCGCUAUCAACUGCCUCCAAAUGGCUCUGCAGGAGAACAGUAUGCCGCAGGGAAUGACCCAAGCAUUGCGAAUACAUUUGGGCAAAGCCUUGGCGUCCGAUUUCGCUUUGAAAAUCGCCAUGAUCUCCAAGGCGGAGAUCGAGGGACCUCCACGAGAUAAGACUGGACCGGCAGCGAUUGCUCAAUUCUUGGAUCGGAUCGGAAUCAACUUGGUCGCCUUCAUUGUCCUCUUGAAUUUGAUCUUCUGUUGCAUACUGCCCUGGAUAGCCUCAUAG